UAUAAGGCCAGGGCUACAGGCCCUUCCUUUGGGUCAGUGUCGCCUCCAGGAUACAGACAGCCCCUUUCAGCACAGCCCAGCCAGGCCCCCCACGCCGCCACCAUGCCGUUCGGUAACACCCACAACAAGUUCAAGCUGAACUACAAGCCUGAGGAGGAGUACCCUGACCUCAGCAAGCACAACAACCACAUGGCCAAGGCGCUGACCCUUGAGAUUUACAAGAAGCUGCGGGACAAGGAGACUCCAUCCGGGUUCACUCUGGACGACGUCAUCCAGACAGGUGUGGACAACCCAGGUCACCCCUUCAUCAUGACCGUGGGCUGUGUGGCUGGCGACGAGGAGUCCUACCAGGUUUUCAAGGAUCUCUUCGACCCCAUCAUCCAGGACCGGCACGGGGGCUACAAACCCACCGACAAGCACAAGACCGAUCUCAACCAUGAGAACCUCAAGGGCGGAGACGAUCUGGAUCCCAACUACGUGCUCAGCAGCCGCGUCCGCACGGGCCGCAGCAUCAAGGGCUACACGCUGCCCCCCCACUGCUCCCGGGGCGAGCGCCGGGCGGUGGAGAAGCUCUCCGUGGAAGCCCUCAACAGCCUGACAGGCGAGUUCAAGGGGAAGUACUACCCUCUGAAGAGCAUGACCGAGCAGGAACAGCAGCAGCUUAUUGACGAUCACUUCCUGUUCGACAAGCCCGUGUCCCCACUGCUGCUGGCCUCAGGCAUGGCCCGAGACUGGCCCGACGCCCGCGGCAUCUGGCACAAUGACAACAAGAGCUUCCUGGUGUGGGUGAACGAGGAAGACCACCUCCGAGUCAUCUCCAUGGAGAAGGGGGGCAACAUGAAGGAGGUUUUCCGCCGCUUCUGCGUGGGGCUGCAGAAGAUUGAGGAGAUCUUCAAGAAGGCCGGCCACCCCUUCAUGUGGAACGAGCACUUGGGCUACGUGCUCACCUGCCCAUCCAACCUGGGCACCGGGCUGCGUGGAGGCGUGCAUGUCAAGCUGGCGCACCUGAGCAAGCACCCCAAGUUCGAGGAGAUCCUCACCCGUCUGCGCCUGCAGAAGCGGGGCACAGGUGGUGUGGACACAGCCGCUGUGGGCUCAGUAUUCGACGUGUCCAACGCCGAUCGGCUGGGCUCGUCCGAAGUGGAACAGGUGCAGCUGGUGGUGGAUGGUGUGAAGCUCAUGGUGGAGAUGGAGAAGAAACUGGAAAAGGGCCAGUCCAUCGACGACAUGAUCCCCGCCCAGAAAUAGGCGUCCAGCCCACCC